GUUUCUAAAAACGCUAAACAAACAUGGAGUGGGUAAGAGGAGGCUGCCUUGGCUAUGGCAGUUCAUCUACAGUCCAUCUUGCAACAUCUAAGAAUUCAUCCUCUACGUAUCCCGAAGUGAUGGCAGUGAAGUCCUGCAACCAAUCGGACACCACCUUGCUCGAGAACGAGAGGGAAGUUUUGAAUGAAAUUGGCCUCUGUCCACAAAUCAUCCAAUGUUUUGGCGACUGUCAAGCUACUGCAGAAAACAAUGAAUUCUUAUAUAAUCUGCUGUUGGAGUAUGCUAAAGGAGGAAGCUUAUCUUACAAGAUCAAGAAGUCUGGUGGUUGCUUGCAAGAAGGUGAUGUCAAAGACUACACGAGAUCGAUACUGAAGGGUCUGAGUUGUGUUCACGGAAAGGGAUUUGUCCACUGUGACUUGAAGCUUGAUAAUAUAUUGUUGUUUGAGAAUGGUGAAGUGAAGAUUGCAGAUUUUGGGCUGGCAAAGAAAACAGGGCAGAAACAGGGGAGAGUGGAAAUUAGAGGAACUCCUCUUUAUAUGGCACCCGAGUCAGUCAACAAUAAUGAAUACGAGUCAGGAGCCGAUAUCUGGGCUCUUGGGUGUGCCAUUGUUGAGAUGGUGACAGGGAAACCGCCGUGGAAUUGGAAGCCAGGGACCAAUAUGUUUGUAUUGUUGAUCAGAAUUGGGAAAGGUGAUGAAUUGCCAACAAUACCUGAAGAAUUGUCCCAACAAGGCAAAGAUUUUCUGUCGAAGUGCUUUGUCAAAGAUCCUAAACGAAGAUGGACUGCUGACAUGCUUCUGGAACAUCCUUUUGUUGCUGAUCAAGGGAAGGGCACUGUUCCAUUGAGAGAAGAAAUUGAAGUGCCAUCAACUUCACCAAGAUGCCAUUUUGAUUUCCCAGAUUGGGUUUCAAUUCAAUCACCAUCACCAAGAUCGGAGUUUUUGUCCGAUGAUGGAGUGGGAUUAGUCUUUUCUUCAUUAAAUUCUUCUUCUUGGAUCUCAGCAGCAGAUAGAAUCCGGCAACUCGCGAGUGAUCAAUGUUGCAAUUGGUCGGAUUCUGGAUCCUGGGUCGCUGUUAGGUGAGCCAGAGUCAAAGCAGAGAAGGAGAUUCAAGCAAUUGGGAAGAUAACUUUUCAUUAACAUCGACCUGUUGAUAUUAUUCAUUUAAUUUUUUUUUUUUACAGUCACGAUUGAAGGCUCAACGGGUUGAGCUCCCUGUACAGAUUUUUCUAAUUUUUUUGCUUUGAAAUACAAUUUAAUUGCUUCACCAAGAAA